GGUGGAUCUCGAUGUCUCAAGGAGGCCCCGCUCUGUCGGAGAACCCCUGGGGGCGGGGAUCCAGGGGGAAGCCACAAGGGCCUCGUUUCCCUUCGUAAAGAGUGGAAAAUCCAAGCCGUGCACCGCCUGCCGGAAACGCUUUGCUUAUCCGUCGGAGCUGGCCCGGCACCAUCGAAUCCACACGGGCGACAGACCCUACGCAUGCCGCCACCACGGGAAAAACUUCAGCCUGGCCUCUGCUCUGGCCAAGCACCAGAAAACUCACACAGGGGAGAGGCCCUACCCUUGCCCCACGGGUGAGAAAAGCUUCCGCCAGCGUUCCCACCUCGCGAGGCUCGCGGGAACCCGCCGGGACGAGAAACCUUUCCCGGGCCGGGACUGCGCCAAGCGUUUCAGCUGCCACUCUGGCCUGGAAACCCACCUGAAGAUCCACAUGGGGGAGAAACCGUACUCGUGCCGGCACUGCGGGAAACACUUCUCCCACCCGGCCUACCUCCAUGGCCAUCGGCGGAUCCACACGGGGGAGAAACCGUACUCAUUCCGUCACUGCGGGAAACACUUCUCCCACCCGUCCUACCUCCUUGGCCAUCGGCGGAUCCACACGGGGGAGAAACCGUACUCGUUCCGGCACUGCGGGAAACACUUCUCCCACCCGUCCUACCUCCUUGGCCAUCGGCGGAUCCACACGGGGGAGAAACCGUACUCAUGCCAGCACUGUGGGAAAUGCUUUAUGCACCGCUCGAACCUGAGUACGCACCAGAGACUCCACACAGGCGCGUGACUUUACACUGCGGAGGACGGCAGGAGCAGUGUCCUGGCCGUGAUCGGGCAGUAAAACCGGGACGGGAGACUGAGGAUGAUGGGUAUCUUCCCCAGGAGAGACUAUAUCUUGCUCGGUUAAGUUCUAGUAUUGUAGACCAGUGUUUCUCCACCUUUUUUAACGAAGUAUUCCUUUAAAAAAAAUUAGAAGUACCCCCAAUACCUAGUGUUUAGACACACACGUUUUUUCCUACCGUAGCCACCCAUUUGUUGAAACAACGUCCUCGUCGCCGGGCCGGCGAUGAUAUUUUUAAGUGGAAAAAGUGCAAAAAUAACAACACAAAUUCAGGUUUCUCCAGAUUUCAGUGGGGUGGAUGUAACCU